UUCCCUCCGUGAGUGCGGACCCGCCUCGGCGCUCCCGCUCCCCGAUCCUCCGGGGCUGUCCCCGGGAGUGCGGACCCUCAGGGGCUCCCGCUUCCCUCGGUGGGUGCGGACCGAGGAGGCUCCCGCGGCCUCAGCCACCAGCAAUGAGAAGACUCAAGUAGAAAUUCACGAUGGAGGCAAAAUCYGUGGCCAUCGGUGUGGAGGGGAUGACCUGCAACUCCUGUGUCCAGAGCAUUGAGCAGCACCUGGGGCAGAUGAAUGGAAUCCAUAACAUCAAAGUCUCUCUGGAGGACAAGAACGCCGUGGUCAUCUAUGACUCCAAGCUGCAAACUCCCGUGGCUCUGCAGGAAGCCAUCUGUGACAUGGGAUUUGAUGCUACCCUGGCUGAGUCAAUGCCACAACCUGUUCUACCUGACACAAUUUUCCUCACCCUCCCUGCCCAGUCAGCCCUAACGCCCAGGCAGAUCUGCACCACGCUGCUGAGGAACAAAGGGAUCGUGGAUGUGAAAGUGUCCUCUGAUCAAAGAACCGCAGUGGUGGCUUUCAUCCCUGCCSUCAUCAAUGGCAGGCACAUUACCCAGAUGGUGCCAGGAGUGGAUUUAAACAUCUCUGUGCCAGAGGGAGCGCCUGGAACUUGGGAAGAUUCCAGCUGCUCCCAGGCGAGCAGCGCUGUGCUGCGCCUCAAAGUCGACGGGAUGACCUGCCACUCCUGCACCAGCACCAUCGAGGGGAAGCUGGGCAAGCUGCAGGGAAUUCAGAGGAUUAGAGUGUCCCUGGACAAUCAGGAAGCUGUUGUUGUCUACCAGCCUCAUCUAAUUGCAGCAGAAGAAAUAAAACAGCAGAUUGAAGCGGCAGGUUUCACAGCAUCCUUCAAAAAGCAGCCUAGACCCCUGAGGCUCAGUGGGAUUGACCUGGAGAAGCUGAAGAAUGCUCAGCCCAGAAGUUCUGAGGCAUCACAGAAAGAAAACUCCCUCGGGYCUGGGUCAAAGACAGUUGUGUUCAGAGUCGAGGGGAUGCACUGCAAUUCCUGCGUCUUCAACAUCCAGAGCACCGUAUCAGCGCUCCCGGCAGUGACGAGUGUCGUGGUGUCAUUGGAGAGCAAAUCUGCUGUGAUCAGCUACAACCCGAGCUUAAUUAGCAUGGAAAAGCUGAGGAAAGCCGUGGAGAACGUGUCUCCAGAGAGUUUCAGAGUCAGCCUCGCUGAGGAGUGUGAGAACAUGGCGCUUUUCCCCACGCUGGCGUCUCCACUGAAAUCUCACCCGCUUUCCAAGGAUCCCGGUCAGCCCCUGACUCAAGUUGUUGUGAUCAAUAUMGAGGGCAUGACUUGCAGCUCCUGUGUGCAAUCCAUCGAGGGAGUGCUGUCCCAAAAGRCAGGGGUGAAAUCUGUGCUUGUCUCUCUCCCAAAUGGAAAUGGGACCAUAGAGUACGACCCGCUGCAGACAARCCCAGAAGAUUUGAGGUCCUCAAUAGAGGAUAUGGGAUUUGAUGCAUCUUUUCCAGCCAAGGCAGAACUCCCCGUGGCCAAAGCUCAGCCCUCCCUUGAAGCACAKCUGGACUCUCACAAGCCUGAGCUGCCCUCCAAAGCUCCACCAGCCCACCUCGGCAGGCAGGAGAGCAAARCCAUCUCCAAGUGCUAUGUCCAGGUGACAGGAAUGACGUGUGCCUCGUGUGUAGCCAACAUCGAGAGGAAUCUGAGACGAGAGGAUGGGAUACACUCGAUCCUGGUGGCCCUGAUGGCAGGGAAGGCAGAAGUGAGGUACAACCCUGCUGUCAUUCACCCUGCAGCAAUUGCAGAGCUCAUUCGGGAGYUGGGCUUUGGAGCCACCGUGAUGGAAGACUGCGGGGAAGGGGAUGGAAUUCUGGAACUUGUUGUGAGAGGKAUGACCUGUGCCUCCUGUGUGCACAAAAUUGAAUCCACCCUCAUGAAGACCAACGGGGUGCUGUACUGCUCRGUGGCUCUUGCAACCAACAAAGCCCACAUCAAAUAUGACCCUGAGGCCAUUGGUCCUCGAGAUGUCAUCCAAGUGAUAAAGGAUUUAGGUUUUACUACUUCCUUAGUUAAAAAGGACAGAUCUGCCAGUCAUCUGGAUCACAAACAGGAAAUCAGGCAGUGGAAAAGGUCUUUUGUGGUGAGCCUGGUUUUCUGUAUCCCUGUCAUGGGGCUGAUGAUUUACAUGAUGGUGAUGGACAGCCAGCUCUCRGAGGCUCACGCCCAUCACAACAUGAGCAGUGAGGAGAUGGAGGCCCUGCACUCCUCCAUGGUGCUGGAAUAUCAGCUCCUGCCAGGACUGUCUGUCAUGAAUUUCCUGUCGUUUUUACUCUGUGUCCCUGUACAGGUGUUUGGAGGGUGGCACUUCUACAUCCAGGCCUCCAGAGCACUGAGGCACAACACUGCCAACAUGGAUGUGCUCGUGGUGCUGGCCACUUCCAUUGCCUUCCUCUACUCCUUUGUCAUCCUGCUGGUGGCAAUGGCUGAGAAGGCCAAGGUGAACCCCGUCACCUUCUUCGACACGCCGCCCAUGCUGUUYGUGUUCAUCUCGCUGGGCCGCUGGCUGGAGCACGUGGCAAAGGGUAAAACCUCAGAAGCACUGGCAAGACUAAUUUCAUUACAAGCUACUGAAGCUACUAUUGUUACCUUGGGCCCUGAUAACGUUCUUUUAAGUGAGGAGCAAGUCGAUGUGGAACUGGUUCAGCGAGGUGACAUUGUCAAGGUGGUCCCAGGAGGCAAAUUCCCAGUGGAUGGUCGUGUUAUUGAAGGACACUCCAUGGUGGAYGAGUCUCUCAUCACAGGUGAGGCCAUGCCUGUGACCAAGAAGCCCGGCAAUACGGUGAUUGCAGGAUCCAUCAAUCAGAACGGCUCCCUCCUGAUCUCAGCCACACACGUGGGAGCUGAUACCACCCUCUCCCAGAUUGUUAAACUCGUGGAGGAGGCCCAGACCUCAAAGGCUCCCAUCCAGCAAUUUGCAGACAAACUUAGUGGCUACUUUGUGCCUUUUAUUGUGGCUGUCUCUGUGGUUACCCUUUUUGCCUGGAUUAUAAUUGGAUUUGUGGAUUUUGAAAUAGUGGAAAAAUACUUUCUGGGCUACAACAAGAGCAUUUCAGCAGCAGAGGUGAUCAUCCGCUUCGCUUUCCAGGCGUCCAUCACGGUGCUGUGCAUUGCCUGUCCCUGCUCCCUGGGCCUGGCCACCCCCACUGCUGUCAUGGUGGGCACGGGCGUGGGGGCUCAGAACGGCAUCCUCAUCAAGGGCGGGGAGCCCCUGGAGAUGGCACACAAGGUGAAGGUGGUUGUGUUUGACAAAACAGGGACCAUCACCCACGGGACUCCAGAAGUGAUGCAGGUGAAGUUCCUGGUGGAGGGGAACCAACUCYCCCGUCACAAAAUGCUGGCGAUCGUGGGGACAGCGGAGAGCAGCAGCGAGCACCCCCUCGGAGCAGCCAUCACAAAGUACUGCAAAAAGGAACUGAACUCAGAAACCCUUGGGACAUGUACAGAUUUUCAGGUAGUUCCAGGCUGUGGCAUCAGUUGCAAAGUCACCAAUAUUGAAGCAUUACUGUACAGGAAAAACAGAAUGGUUGAAGAAAAUAAUGUUAAAAAUGUGACMCUUGUGAAAAUUGAGGAGAAUGCAGACGAAUCAGUGCAGCCUGCUUUGAUCAUUGAUGCUGAGCUACCAACUACUGUGACCUCUCAGAAAUACUCAGUUCUCAUUGGGAACCGGGAAUGGAUGACCAGGAAUGGACUCCUGGUGAGAAGUGAGGUGGACAAAGCCAUGAUGGAACACGAGCGGAGAGGCCGCACRGCUGUUCUGGCAGCUGUGGAUGGAGUGCUCUGUGGCUUGAUAGCUAUUGCAGAUACUGUGAAGCCGGAGGCUGAGCUGGCAGUGUACACUUUGAAGAGCAUGGGGUUAGAAGUUGUCCUCAUGACCGGUGACAACAGUAAAACAGCCCGGUCCAUCGCCUCUCAGGUUGGCAUCACCAAAGUGUUUGCAGAGGUUCUCCCCUCGCACAAAGUGGCCAAAGUGAAGCAGCUGCAGGAUGAGGGGAAGCGGGUGGCCAUGGUUGGAGAUGGGAUCAACGACUCCCCUGCCCUGGCCAUGGCCAACGUGGGAAUUGCCAUUGGCACGGGYACGGAUGUGGCCAUCGAGGCAGCUGAUGUGGUUCUCAUCAGGGAUGACCUGAUGGAUGUGGUAGCAAGCAUAGAUUUAUCCAGGAAAACCGUGAAGAGGAUCCGGAUCAACUUUGUCUUUGCUCUGAUUUAUAAUCUCAUUGGAGUUCCCAUAGCUGCAGGUGUCUUCCUGCCCAUUGGUUUGGUGCUGCAGCCCUGGAUGGGAUCUGCAGCCAUGGCUGCCUCCUCRGUCUCUGUGGUGCUUUCUUCUUUGCUCUUAAAGAUGUACCACAAACCAAGUUCUGAGAAGCUGGAGUUCCGUGCCCGUGGCCAGAUGAGGCACAAGAGCCCGUCGGAGAUCAGUGUCCAUGUGGGGAUUGAUGAGUUGGGCACUGGCUCCCCUAAGCUGAGCCUGAUGGAUCGAAUCAUCAACUACAGCAGAGCCUCCAUCAACUCCCUGUUCUCAGAUAAACGUUCAGUCAACAGCAUCGUCCUCAGUGAGCCAGACAAACACUCGCUGCUGGUGGGGGAUUUUGGAGAAGAUGAUGACACAGCUUUAUGAAAGACUUGCUCCUCCCACCUCUACUAAGGCCAAACAAAAAAACCCUGAAGCAAAAGGCACAACCAGAACAGYUGUUGCGAGGUCUGUGCAUGUACUGAUCCUUGUGGAGGUCUUUUAGAUGCAUUUCUUCUUCAGUGUAGAGGUAGUUUUUGCAGUGACUUUCCAGGGUCUUCUGUGGUUUUUAAUCUAGACUUACCAAAAAUAUCUGAUGYGGGGCUGUUGAUGCUCACAAACAAGGCUGUGUUCCCAUUCCAUGGAGCUUGCAGUAUAGCAUUUAUUUUGGCAAAUUGUCAAAAUACAAUUAAGGAAACCAAGGAACCAGAAACUGAUUUCCCAGUCUUAUACCAGGCUAUUUUAUGCAUAGUCGAGUUCAGUACUGUGUAAAAAAAUUGUGAAUUUGCAUCUGCAAAGUACUGAAGGUUCUGUUUGCAGAGAGAUGUGCCUUACUCCAGAGCCCUCUCACUUCCACAGCCUGCCUUCUGCCAAAAAAUGGUUCCUCUCAAAUGCCUUUUCUUGUUAUCGACAUCUGGUUCSAGCUUUUCACACUCCGAGCUUCACAUCAUCUCCGUGUAAUCCGGAUUCCUGUACGGUGGAAAACAGGGAGAUUUGGGAUUGUACCCACAGUGAGCUCUGCACAUCCUGCCCCAGGACACCCCUGCUCCUGAGACUGUCUGCCUGAAGGUUUGCUCAUUYCCAGYCUCUCCCAAGCCAAAAACYGCUGCAACGCCUGAAUGCAAUAUCSGUGUGAGGUGGUAACAGCCAACGUGUUCAGCUUUAGGGAGCAGCAGCGCACUCAGUGCUCACCAYCAGAAUCUCCUGGCACUCCUGAAAUGAAACAGGGGGGUUUGUCACACAGACUGCCUUUGAAAUCUUUACAGUUCAGGCUUGCUUUGUAAAGAUAAGUGUCUGUACUCCAGGAAUGGCCCAGAAUCACUCCAUUGAUCGAUCCAAACUCCAUUUGCUUGGGCUCUGCAGAUCCAGGCRUUGUGAAUUCAGACAGCUGGCAUUUAUUACUGCAAUAUCAAAAURCAGGUUUUGAUCAUGAAAUCAUUAAUGUCAAAAAUCUCCUCAGUGAGAAGCAGAGAUGCUCAUCAGCCAGUAGCUGGUCACCUGUUUGUUACUCAGUGAACCUUGUCUCCACAUCUGCUGCUGAGGUGGCUGUUGGCAGCAAUUGCUGGGUUCAAUAAUGUUGAAUUUCAUUAUGAAGYGUGUAGUCCAUGAUGUAAACACGUACCAGUUGUACUUGUAGAGGAAAAAUACUCAGUUUGGUGUAGAUAGAGAGAUUCUCUCUCUAAUGCUCUGCUUUUUAACUCAAAGGCUGAUGUCAGGGCAUAGAUUGUGUAUGUAAAAAGUCCUGAGUAAACAGCGCUUGCAUUUUAUCUGGGAACUACCAGAAAAAUCCAUUGUGUGAGAGCAGAAGGGCUGUGCUGGGGGAUGUGCUGUUAGGAAAUCAGGGUACCUGUAUUACAGUGAGGAGAGCAGCAUCAUGUGCUGCUGCCUGGUUCAAGAAACAAAAUAUUUCUGUAGCAGCAUUUGGGUUCUUACUAUCUCUACAUGAAUACAGAGUAUUUUUAUAAAUUAGAUGGUAGCUGUAUGUAAUAUGUAGUGUUGUUACCUGCUGAGAUGCAUCACUGCAAAGCCAUUCCACGAGAUUUUGUUCUCACUUUGCAGCAGCAGAGCUGUUCUUACAGAUCAGGUUGUUACCCAAAGCUGUUUGGUCAUGUUAGGAUGAGUUUUAAUGCUUCACAAUCAUGCAAAGAUUUCAGUUGUUUUGUUUAUCCRCCCUCCUCCUUGGUGUUCUUGGCAUGGCUGGGCAGGUGAAACGGAGGUGUUUACAUCUUUCUGUCUGUGCUGUGUGUGGUCUCACUCACUGCUGCAGUUUCACUGCUGGUUGUGGAAUGGAUGGCAUGGAAAUGACACAUGGCCCUCCAAUGCAGGAAACAGGGAGGUAAUUCAGGAUUUAACUCCUGCUUGGUAGAUGAAGCAGCAUGAAGAACAUAUUAAACUAUUUCCAAAUAUUUUUUUAGAGCACUUUGCCUUCAACCUUUUGUUGUCCAAAUGUUGUGUUAGGUUGAGUGUUUAUGGCUUUACCCCAACUUUUUCCCAACACAGAUGUUUUUCUAGGCUUUAUUGUUUUAUGUGAAGCUCCAGAAAAUGAUCCAGGGGCAGUGCUUAAUCCAGGUACAGCAAAAUAAGGCUCUUUUUCCAAAAAGAUACUUAAUGAAGAUACUUAAUGAAGUGCAGGAAGAAUAUCAGGGAAUAAGGAGCAGCUGCUGCUGUCUGGGAGGGAUGUGCGAGCAGCUUGUAGGGCCAGCCAGAGGAUCAGGCUCUGGGGAGAGGAAAUAACUGAGCCCAAGGGUGGGUGGGGGCAAGGUGGUUGUAAUAAAUGCAGAUCUUUGAAAGCAGAUUCUCUGUCCAACACUCCCCAAAGGUGAGAUAAUGACUUUUACGAUAUUCAUCUUGUGAUUAAAAUACUACAAAAGGUGCUUUAYGUUGAAGAACCAAAAUAUCUUUCAGUUUGAAUGUACAGUGCAAGUGGAAUCAUGUAUGGGAGCUAAAUGUUUYCCCAAAUGUAAAUGUUUUAGUAUGUAAAUAGGUUGCUCCUGUUGGAGAGUUUGGAUUCAGAAAUCACUUGGAAACACUCAGUUACAAACAWUAUUGUAUUACUUCUUUGUCUAUUUUAUUGUUUUCUGUAUCUAGCUAUUUAUAAACCUGUGCUCUAUUUAAUAAAAAAGUACAUAUACUCCAGGCUUUAAAAACUGCUCUUUGAAUCCUACCAAACUUACUUAAACUUUUUAAAAGCAUUUAAAACACUUGAAAUUUUAUACGAAAAAACAGAAUGUGAAGUUGACAGAACACAAUAGAAGCAAGAAAACACUUAUU